AUGGUCGAAGGAUUUUCCACUGGAUUAACUGAAAGCAGUCAACCCAAUAAAACUUGUGAUAAUUUUUUGUGCAAACAUGUGGAUUUCGUUAAGCGAAAUUUUGUAGAAGGUGUGCUGCGCAUAUCACACAACGAAGUGCUGCAAUCUGCGCUGGAUAUUUGUUACAUUCCAGGGUGCAGUGCGGCAAAAAUUUUGGCAUUGCCUAAUGAUAUGGGUGAACCUCCAAUAAAAACUGUUUCUCCUAUCAAUUUUAUUGGCAUAGGUCUCAAGACAAACCAAUGUAUUAAAUCCCUUCUAGACAAAUGGUAUAUUGCGUAUUUGCCCAUCAACUUCAAUUCUAUGGGACAUGACUUGUAUAACAUUUCUAUGCGCCUCGUUGACAUAAUUGGCACGGGCUCACUGUUCAAAAGUGGUGUGAUUGAUAAAUCUUAUCAAUUGCCCUGGCAUAGUCAAUCUUCAAUAUUCACAACACCUAGCUGUGCUUACGCGGGGUUAGAUGAACUGGCUAGUAUGAUUGAUUAUCCGAAACUCAGAUGCAAACUACAGCUUGUGAUCCAAGUGCUAGAGCAGCCAGGAACUUAUAGCGUAAGUAAGCGCAGUCUUUACUAUGAAACACACGCAGACAGAGGAAAGGAUAAGCAUUUUUUAGACAAUGAAAUAGAAUGGCAUAGUACUAGUAUAGAUACAAUUAUACCAUUGCGAUUGUUGGUACGAAUUUUGCCCCAAAAUGCGCAAACUUUUGCACAAAAGAAUAGUCUUAGACUGCAAUUAUCCAUACCUAGAUCCAACGAGGUUAUUCAAAGUGGUGUCAAGCUGUCUGGUAAAACUGGGUCAGAUAAAUCUCAAAUUUUGAACUUAUACUUAUCAAUACCUGUAUACUCUGGUGAAUUAGGAUUGGAGCUAGUUAGGGAGGAACCAUUCACCAAGCUUAAAGGUUGUAUCAAAAACAACGAAGUGUGCUUACGAUGGUAUACAUGUAUUACCAAUUGCGUAAAUGUCGUGGAUUAUGUAUUAACAAAUUGCAUACGUUCUGAUGGGUUGGAAAAGGGUAUAUCAUUGGAAGAUCCUCAAUAUGGAGUUUUAGGAUUUUGUCUCCCAUGGUGUAGCGAACAAAAUCGAAUUUUAUUCUACUUCAAAUCACUGCUCAACUCGCGGCAUGUGGAAUGGUCACCUAAUGAAAAGAUUUGGAAAGUACCAUCAAUACAUAUUUAUACAGUUGCCAAGUUUGUCCAGUAUUUGGGGGGGUCAAUUGAUCCAUCUGUAGAAUCUCAUGUCGCAGCAUACAUAAGCAAACUAAAAGGCAAAGCUGUGAAUGCUUAUGAAGAGUUGUGCAGCACUGGCGUGUGGAAAUAUACGCACAUACUUUUGGCAUCGAAGAAUAAAUAUCAACAGCUAAAUUUUAGCUUCUACCCCUUUGACAAACGAAUUGUAGAGCUGGCUAAGAGUUGUAAAAUGAAGUGGAAUCAGAAUGGUAAUUUAUGGGAGAUGCAAUUGGUGCAAUUACCUCAGUUAAUAUCGCAUUUAAAACGCAGUUUCGAAACAAUCCUUCCACAUGGCAAAUUGGACGCUAUAGCAGCUCAGUUUGGAGUCAAAAUUCACAAAACAAAUAGUAGCAUUUCAAAGCAUACCCUCAACUAUGUUAGUGUCGAUAAGGUUGCUAAUAGUACUAGGAACACAAUUAAACGAGAGAGAAAUGAAGUGACAUGCAUAUUAAUAACAGCUGCAGGUAAAGAGCCACAUCUACAUCGCAUCGUAUCUAAAAUUGUGAGUGUCAUUUGCACAAUUUCUCCUCCAGCUUCUAGCAUAGAUGACUGUGGCAAUAUAGUAACUGGCGGGCCUGGUACCGGGGGGAUAAAGUUUAUCCAGUCGCCCAGAGGAAUUGAAGAAUGGAACCAAAUAAGCUUCUGCGUCAUCCCAUCCGGAGAACGCAUUGAUGAUCUGCUUUCUAAAUACGAUAUAAAUAUCUUAUGCUCACUUGUUGGCGAAGUAUUCAUUUUCACAGAAAAAGCAUUAGAUUGGUUGCUAAGUAAUUGUGAAAGAUGGCCAGAUCCUAGUGAUUCAAUUAGGUACAAGCAUUGGAAUGAAGUAAUGUUGGAAAAUGAGGGGGCGUUGUGGGAUGGGAACAAUUUUAACUCUCGGCAACAACUGGCACAGGAACGUCUAUUUUGCGAUGAGGAAUUUCACAUUGUGGGUGAAAGGAAUGAUCCGACAGUUAGAUUGUGCACACUUUUGAUCCAAUUAGGGAAUGGAAAACUUGUAUCCAACCCAAAGCACGCCGAAUAUGUUGUAAUCACAGAUAGCAAGUCAGAUGAUGCCAUGUUAAUGAAAAGCAAAUUUUGGAAGAAUGAUGAAGAUAUAAUUUCCAGAACGCACGGCGCGAGGCAUUCGACACUUGUAACGCCAAAAUUCAUCUAUGACUGUAUCACUACUUGGAAGUUACAGCGACCUAGUAGGGGGCAGAAGCAUUUGGCAUUUUAA